AUGUCGAACUUCGAGCAACUGUUACGCGAGCUUAGAUGCGACAUCAGAAAAGAUUCGGAGGAGUCACUCAGAAUAGUGGAAGAGCGAAUCACAAAAAGUAUUAACGAAAAUAUAGAUACAAAAUUCGAAGACAUUCAAGCGCAGAUUGAAAUAAUAAAGAAGAACAAUAACGAGCAAAAUGAGAGGAUUCUUGCAAUAGAAAAACAGAUGAAAUGCAGGAAUAUAAUAUUUUUUGGAGUUGAAGAAGGGGAAAAAUCUUAUAAAGAAUUAGAAAACAAAAUAAUAAAUAUAGUAAAAACAGAAAUAAAGGUGGAUUGCAACAGUAACGAAAUUGAAAUAACAAGAAGGAUGGGGAAAAAGGCAGAAAAUAAAAUAAGACCUAUAGUAGCCACUUUUACAACUUAUGGCAAAAAGAUUUCUAUUCUCAAAAAUAAACAGCACCUUAAAAACAAAACAAUUUAUUUGAAGGAAGACUACCCAAAACAAAUAUUGGAAAAAAGAAAACAGCUUCAAGACCAAUUGCAACAAGCACGAAAGGAAGGAAAGUUCGCAUAUCUACGCCAGGAUAGGCUAAUAAUACAUGAACCAAAUAAAACUCGAAAGAAUGCUGAAAGUACAAAUAGUCAAAGUUCUAGGAAGAGAGAAUUAGAGUCUACCCCUCCGAGUCAAAUGAGCAAUCCUUAUGCUCAAGUUAAUCAACCUUCAACAAAUUAUCACAUGGCAAAGAAAAAUAAACAUAAGAGGAAUAUUCAGAAUAAGGGGCAAAGCUCCAUGAAUAGUUUUCUACAAAAACCACCAGCACCAAAAAUAUUUACUGCAGUCACACUCGAUGAGGAAUGCGAUGAAUAGUAAUUACCACAGCCCCUCCAUCCAGUAUAAACCCUGCUGCCCACUCAGCACAAUUUACAUAACAAGCAAUAAAAAGAAAAACUUUUAAGAAAAAAGUCUCCCAACCCGGCUGGUCACCGUGGGAGAGCUAGACCAGUACCCUCCAGUCAUAA